CGGGGCCCGGCGCGACGCCCCUUUGUCCGGGGGGGGCCGUUCAUGCCGCCGCCCCCCGCGCGCUGCGGGCCGGGCCGCGCCGAGCAGGGCCGUUUGCAGGCCUGAGGUGCCCACCUUGGCCCCUGGAGGAUGAACCAGCCGCAGAGGAUGGCGCCCGUGGGCACAGACAAGGAGCUCAGCGACCUGCUGGACUUCAGCAUGAUGUUCCCGCUGCCGGUGGCCAACGGCAAGGGCCGGCCCGCCUCCCUGGCUGGAGCCCAGUUUGGAGGCUCAGGUCUGGAGGACCGGCCCAGCUCGGGCUCCUGGGGCGCCGGCGACCAGAACAGCAACUCCUUUGACCCCAGCCGGACCUACGGUGACGGGACUCACUUCAGUGAGCCCCACGGCAGCCUCUCUUCAUCCACAUUCCUGGGCCCCGGGCUUGGAGGCAAGGGCAGUGAGCGCAGCGCGUACGGCACCUUCGGGAGAGACACGGGUGUUGGCGGCUUGAGUCAGGCUGGCUUCCUGCCCAGCGAGCUGGCCCUCGGCAGCCCCGGGCCCCUGUCCCCUUCAGGCACCAAGGGCGGCUCCCAGUAUUACUCCUACCCCAGCCACCCUCGGCGGAGAGCCGCGGACAGCGGACUGGACACACAGCCCAAGAAGGUCCGGAAGGUGCCGCCCGGUCUCCCGUCCUCGGUGUACCCCUCCAGCUCAGGUGAUGACUACAGCAGGGACACAGCUGCCUACCCGUCCGCCAAGACCCCCAGCAGCGCCUAUCCCACCCCCUUCUACAUGGCAGAUGGCAGCCUACACCCUUCGGCCGAGCUCUGGAGUCCCUCGGGCCAGGCGGGCUUUGGCCCCAUGCUGGGUGGGGGCUCGUCGCCCCUGCCCCUCCCGCCAGCUGGUGGCAGCUCCGUGGGUAGUGGCAGCAGCGGAGGGUUCGGCAGCCUGCACCAGCACGAGCGCAUGGGCUACCAGCUACACGGAGCAGAGGUGAACGGCGGGCUCCCGGCAGUGUCCACCUUCUCCUCGGGCCCCGCAGCCGCCUAUGCCAGCGUCUCCAGCCACACGCCCCCCGUCAGCGGGGCCGACGGCCUCAUGGGGUCCCGCGGGACAACUGCCGGCAGCUCUGGGGAUGCCCUCGGGAAGGCGUUGGCCUCGAUCUACUCCCCGGAUCACUCAAGCAAUAACUUCUCCUCCAGCCCCUCGACCCCUGUGGGCUCCCCCCAGGGCCUAGCAGGGACGUCGCAGUGGCCCCGACCAGGAGCCCCCGGUGCCUUAUCGCCCAGCUAUGACGGGGGUCUCCACAGCCUGCAGAACAAGAUGGAAGACCACCUGGAUGAGGCCAUCCACGUGCUGCGCAGCCACGCGGUGGGCGCCGCAGCGGACGUGCACGGGCUGCUGCCUGGCCACGGAGCGCUGCCCCCCAGCUUCGCCGGCCCUGUCAUGCCGCUGGCCGGGCGACACACCGGCCUGGUGGGAGGCGCCCACUCGGAUGAUGCCCUCUCGGCCAGCGGCCUCUUGCACAACCACGUCGGCCUCCCCAGCCAGCCCGGCGCCCUGCCUGACCUCACCCGGCCGCCGGACUCCUACAGCGGACUUGGGCGUGCUGGGGCCGUCUCAGGUGCCAGUGAGAUCAAACGGGAGGAGAAGGAGGACGAGGAGAAUGCAUCAGUGGCCGACAACUCAGAGGAGGAGAAGAAGGAGUUGAAGCCCCCCCGGACCCGGACCAGCCCGGACGAGGACGAGGACGACCUUCUCCCCCCAGAGCAGAAGGCUGAGCGGGAGAAGGAGCGCCGGGUGGCCAAUAACGCGCGGGAGCGGCUGCGGGUCCGAGACAUCAAUGAGGCUUUUAAGGAGCUGGGGCGCAUGUGCCAGCUGCACCUCAACAGUGAGAAGCCCCAGACCAAACUGCUCAUCCUGCACCAGGCCGUGUCGGUCAUCCUGAAUCUGGAGCAGCAGGUGCGAGAGCGUAACCUGAACCCCAAAGCGGCUUGCUUGAAGCGGCGAGAAGAGGAGAAGGUGUCAGGCGUGGUCGGAGACCCCCAGAUGGUGCUUUCGGCCGCCCACCCGGGCCUGAGCGAGGCCCACAACCCCGCGGGGCACAUGUGAGGGGCGCAUGUGAGGGGCGCCGUGCGGGACCCGGGACCCCAGCCGGUCCCCGCCGGCACGUCCUCGGUCAGCACGGACCCGCGCCACCCCAGGGCCUCCGAGGGCGGGGCUGUCCGGCCCUGGGCCUCACCGCCUUGACGCCUGGGGACUUUGCUGAUGGAUCCUGAGACCGCGGCCCCGGCCCAGACCCCAAGGGGCAGUGUUUUGUUUUGUUUCGUUUUGUUUCUAAACAAAACCAGAACGCAAGCAAGAUAUACACUUUGUCAGAAAAGAUUUAAAAAUGCCUUAAGUAUAAAACGCAGGAGAGUCCAAACCUACCACUCGCUGGAGGGAGAAGCUGCGCAAGACUGGCUCGUUCCUGAGGAGCCGCCGUGAAUCGUGCCUACGCCUGACAUUUGUCUUAAGGAAAAUAAAGAACGUUAGUUACAAGAUUUUUUUUUUUUUUAACGUAUUAGAAAAUUAGCAAGGAGGAUGCCUUUGGUCUCUUUUUUUUUUUUAAGCUUUUUUGCAUAUGUUUUGUAAGCAACAAAUUUUUUGUAUAAAAGUCUUGUGUCUCUUGCUAUUUCUGCUGCUGUUUCUAGACUUGAGCGUUGCAUUUCAUGAUCAACCAGAUUAUUAAAAGUUGUAUUAAAAAGGCCCACUGGACCCUGAGGUCUCCCCGCCCUGGGAGCCCCUGGACGCGAAGGAGGAUGAUGUCUCCUAGCUGCUUAUCCAGAGGUCGGGAGGUGUCCUGGGUUCGCUCAGGUGUGAGUGGUGGGCAGGCCUUUCCCUGGUGGGGGGCGUCCUCGGGGGAAGCAUCGCCCCAUUUUCCUCAGGGGUGGAGUGUGUCAGCGUGGAGCUGUCGAGGACACCCCCCUCCCCCCACAAGCAGCUCUGGUUCCUGGGCACCUCCCCACGAGCUGCUCUCCCAGGGUCUACAGACCUCCCCACAUUGGAUUUCCUUGGGACCAACGUGUGUUCCUGGGCACGGGAGCAUGGUGUUGGGGGCCUCCCUGGCACCCCGUCCCCACCUUUGGCAGAGGGCCAGCACAAGCCCCCACCCCGACUGACUGCCCCCAAACCCAAAGAGCCCACAGGCUUUGCACCCGAUCACCCGCAAGACCAGGAGGGGGUCUCCCUGUGUCACCAGGCCUAAACUGAAAGUCCUUGAUCCUGGAGCUCCUGCUGUUCCUGGGAAACCAGGACAGUGGCCCCCCCGUGGGUCUCCCAGCCCCAGGUCAGGCCUGCUGGGCUCCGGGGCUCCUUUUCCCCGUACCCCCAACACCCAGGCCUUAGGGACCCCGGGGUGGCCGCCUUCGCCCCAGCACACCAGUCCCUCCAGCGUCUCCCCGGCCCCUCCCACUCGCUCCGGAGCAGUGGGGCUGCCUGUGCCCCCGAGCCCCGCCUGGAACUCCCCGGGCCAGGGAGCUGGGUGCCCCGAGGGAAGCUCCAGGCCUCAACCAAGCCCUGAGGUCACUGGGGUCCUCCCGUUGGGUCUGCUCCACCCCCCCAAGACUGGUCGGGAGCAGCUAGGAGCCAUGGGCUCGUGAGGGACCGUCCCCAGUGACUCCUGGUUUGUGCGGGUCUUGUGUGUCUUUUGGGGAACCUGCCUCAGUUUCCCUCUCUGCUUCUGGCCUUACGAGGGGCCUCUGCGCCCCCCCACCGCCACCCCCGGACUACCGCCGGGCUAUUACAUGUAAGUGGCCCUGAGGGAAGGAAGAGCCACGAUUACGGGAGAAUUGUGCUGAGUGCCUCAAGAUAACUGGUUUCCAAACAAAACUUUUUUAAGAAAAAUGGUUUUAUACAAGUGUCGACACAGCUGGCUGGAUUCUGGGAUGUUCUAAACGGUCCUCUCUGAAGUGGAUCUGGAGCCCUGUCCUGUGUAGAACAGCCCUGUAGCAAUAAAGGUGACAUUUGAUGACCACA